UAUCUCCUCUUCAAGGCCCCUCUACCUCUUCACCUUCGUCUCUACGCACCCGCGCCUCUAUGACCUCACAACUUCACCUCCUCUCACUUCUGACACCUCCACCUCCCAUUUUAGAUUUCGCCCAAGGGCCGCGGCCGGCCUCAACCAGACUCCGACCCCGCUCGCACGCAAAUGUGCCACUAGUCUGCUAUGGCCUUCUUAAUGGUCUUUCACCUCGAUAGGCAAUUUCUGUAUACUCAUGUUACGGUAACGCUCGGCCCUGCUCUCCCACGAUGGCGGCCGUAGUCUCUCCGCCGCUGGCAACCGUCGUGCCCGCUCAGCUAGGCUUCCUAGCAAUCUUCAAUCCCUCUCUAGGCACGACCGACGAGACCAUCGACGAUCAAAUUGUUUAUUAUACCUCCGCCAAUGCCCAGUCUAAGAGACGACGACAUCGACCCCGCGGCAAGCCCACCGAUAGCAUCUCGCAGGAUGAGCGGAACGAACGGUUGAGGCAGAUCGGCCUGGCCCAGGGUAUGGUCGAGUUUAGUCGUGGCUUUUCUGGUAACAAGGCUAUAGACGCCAUAGAGACGGAGAAGACCCGCGUCGUCCUGCACGAGCUCGAGCCUGGCUGGUGGAUUCUAGCCUCUAUCGACCUGACCAAGAUACCUCUGCCACCGAGGCUCGGAGUCUCCUCCCCAGACCAGAGGGACGACCCAUCCAAACAUGUAGAAUACUCGUCUCGAGAGAUCAAACCCGCCGCAUUGCUCAUGCAAGACCUCCUGCGCGCCCAUUCCAUCUUCCUACUCCAUCAUUCAUCGUCCCUCAGCGCGCUAUUCGUCCGAUCGAAGCGGUCCAAAUUUGUCAGCAUACUGAGCCGCUACUGGGAUCUCUUCCUGUCCACAUGGGACGUCAUGCUGCAUGGCAACCCUGCCACCAACAUCUUUGGCGGUAUCAAAAUUGCUGCUUGCGGCGAGCUCGGCGUCGGCGUCGGCGAGGAGGAACGCGGGAGCGGCGAGCGAGAGGUCCUCGAAGGGUUCGUCGAUAGGGUUGACGGCUUGGUUGACCUGGUCGUUUCUAAAUUCGGUCCUUCAGAGUCGGGAACAGACGAUGGCCUCGCAAGAGACCCUAAUGCGGUUGAAGAGCCCGCUUCGAAGUGGCUUGGCACCGGCGAAGAACCCGGGGCAGAAGACGGCGCGAUCUUUUUGGGGGUUGGGGCUCUGUCAAGAAAAUCACUACGUGACAUCACGAACUGGAUGGAGGAUAUUUAUACAUGGGGCGAGGAAGCCUACGGCGUCAGGGACAGCCCGUCUUCGAUACGUCAAGCGAGGAAGCCUAAGAAGCCUCCCUCGGAAGCUACGAAGGGUAAUGAGGAAAAUGUCGUGAAAACACUUGAGGACGACUCGACCAGUCCAAAGCGGCCAGCCGCGCAAAGUCCGUCCGCGACCCUCGACAGGUCGGCAGCGGCUUCGCCAAAAAGCCCCGACGAGCCAGCGGACGAAGGCAGUGUUAAUAGGUUUAUGAGCUACCUGACGAUGGGCUACGGCACCCACUGGACGCUAAGCAAUUCCGCCGGCACCGAAGAUACUGGCAAAAACGGAACGACGCCCGGGGGACUCCCCGGCAGAUCCCAAGGCACCCUGAGAAUGCGUAGCUCUGACCCCGGUCAUUACCUUAUCGGUCUACUGGGGGACGUCGAGGAGGCCGGUGCUGUCGACCGUGAGGAAGAAAUGGAGCGGUCCGACGCCUCGUCCGAGGACGUGGGGUACAAUUCGAGAAUCGUGCUUCGCACUCUGAUCGUGGAGAUGGAGGAUUUGGGUCUUCCCGAAGCCGAGGUCACCCGAGAUCUUGGAAUCCAGGAUAACAAGGAAUCGACGGCGAGGCCUAGUGGUGGCCCCCCAAACUCAACGGAUCACUUCGAGAGCCAAGACCGUAACAAAGUGCAGAAGGUGCGCGUGGUGGUAUACGUCAACAAACCGUUAAUCUAUACUUUCCUCUUCCGAAACGGGACGGAUUCGCUGGCUUGGGACGGGCUGUACAGGUCGCUGCACUACCAGCUCGCGCCCCUACGAAAGCCUCUAGUCGCCUCUACAUCCUACCGGCCGGGGAGGCCGGACCUCGCCGGCUCGACGGGUCCCCAUAUCUUCGACCUCAUCUGGGACCCAGAGGCGCUGACCGUACAUUCGACGAUCCCCAGUAUCCCCUCGCCGGGGCGAGCGGCGCUGGCACAAGCGCAGCAGCAACAGCAACAGCAGCAGAUCUGGUCCCGCGUCGAGGCGAUCAACACGCACAACCAGAUCCUCAACACGUACGUCGCGACCUUGGCGGAACCGUCGGAGCUGGAACGCACCUGCAAGACGAGCCGCGGCUGGUGGGUAGUCUGGACGCGUGUGCUCGACAAGGCGGACAAGGAGGCCCCGCAGCCGCCACCCCUCGCCCCCGCGCAGGCAUCCGACGCAGGCUCUUCCCGGCCCUCCUCGUCUCUAUCCUCGCCGCCCUCUCGCCCCCGCUCGCGCGGUCGCGGGGCCGCGUCGGCGCCGCCGCGGAAGAGGGUCGGCAAGGAAAUCUUCCUUAUACGCCGGGCGGGCGAGCACUCGCGGCUGCGGGCGCUCAGCGGGUCCUUCGGCGACGGAGCGGGCGCGGGGUCGGGUACAAGUGGGUGGACGGACGGCGCGAGCCGGCUCGCCCAGGGCAUCGGCGUGGAUACGAGGAAGUACGUCGAAGGGCUGCUGAGCUUGAGUCGGUGAGGGAGGAGGAGCCCUCCUGCUGAGGAUUUGUUCUUGGCAUGUCUAACCUCGGGCGAUAGAGGAGCGGGUGUAGGCUCGACGUGCCGGGUAUACGGAGCUGAGGCUGCGUGCAAGAUUAAAAAGAGCGUUAUAUACAUAGAGGUGGUGUAAAAGCAGUCGACGGUCUUCGAAAGGAGUUGGUUUCGGUGCGUGGCGCGGUGGUUUGCCUACGGCUGGGAUAAGACGAUAGU